AGUUAAUUACGAGACAAACUCUCUAAUCUCUCAAUCAAAGUGUUUAAACUUGAUUAUCAAGUUCAACAACUACCACUAACCAGUAUAGCUUCCACUGAGAAAAAUGGUGUGUUUCUGGAGAUGCCCUUUUCCUCUAUUAUUGAGCUCGCAAAUGAGCAAUGUUGAGAAGGGCAUUUCAGUCACUGUACUGACAUUUUGAUGCGGAGUGAAAGCGAAGGGGGUUCUUAAUUUGGGGCAUGCUUAGAAUAUCCACAGAUAUAACAAACAAAGCGAUGUGGGAAUCCAAUAAAAUUUGAAAAGUAGAAUUCGAAAUGAUGAGGAGGGGCGUGCCUGUUUGAUUGAUUACUGAGAAAGCUUCUUUGGUGUUUGAUUACAGAGCAGAAAAGUUGUGCAAACUAAUUCAGAGAGAGACCCACAUCGAGAUUCAAUCAUCAAAAGUGAGAAGAAGGCAAAUCGGCUUUGUUCGUUGGUUCCCUUGAUGCUCGACACCAUAGCUUCCUUUUGAAUCAUAUUACUCUGUCCUGGUUUCGAAUAAGUGGUGGGUUUUCUCUGGCUUCUUAGGUCUUGAUGGUAUCGCAUUAGCUGGUGAGUGAAUGAUCAAAUUCAGUACGCGGGUGUUCGAGUUUGUUAGGUUUUCUUAUGUGUGAGGCUGCGAAUCUCUUGGUGAUGCUUUAAUGCUUUCGAUUCUGGAGCUAAUACGAAUACUGAGUGUUCUUCCAUUUCGCCUUCAGUUUCAUAGUUCUUAUGAAUUUAGAUCCAAUGUCGUCUGAUCUGAUGUUCUUCAAAGCUUGGAGUCUUUGAUUCACAAAGUAGAAGGCUGUAAGUUCCCAUUAUCUUGCUUUUCUUUUCUUGAGUAGAAAGCUUUUGCGGCUGUUCUUAGGUGCUCUGUAUCUUUUGUUCUUAAUGAUCCGUUUCCCCAUUGUUACACAAGGUGCAGUAAAUCAAUAAGAAUGGCUGAGAUAAGGUUAAGUAGGUUAGAACAAGGCCAAACCAAGAUUAAAAAUGUGCCAAUUGCUGUAACCCCAGAAGGGUUUUGGUGUUGCCCUUCUCCUGUUGUCUUCCAAAAGACCCUCAAAAAUCAAAAUCCUCUAAACAAGCCCAAACCUGCCUCCCCACCCCCUAAGAUCCCUGUUGAGAAGAAACCGACCCUCGUGACUGAUAGAAAGCCACCAGCACUCACGAGAUCACGGUCGGCUGCUGUUUCUGAUGACGAUCGAAAAGGCAAUGCUGAUACUUCUGGAUUUAAUGCUCCAGAGGUUGUACACAGGGUAUCACGGCCUAAGGUUGAAAAUAUGCCAAGGAAAAUAGCAAUUGAGUUUGGUGAGCCAGGGACUAGUAAUAUAAAGGUCGUUUUACUCGGGAAGCAAGGAUUUUCGGUAAAGUUGAGCGUUCAUAAGAACGUGUUGAUGGAUAAUAGUACUUUUUUUGCUAAUAAACUUUCUGAUCAAGAAGGCUCCUCCAUGGAAAUUGGUGAUUGUGAAGAUGUUGAAAUAUAUGUUGAAACUGUGGGAUUGAUGUACUGCAAAGAAAUGAAGCAAUGGUUGAUGAAGCAAAAUGUUUCUCGUGUUCUUCGAAUUCUGAAGGUUGCUGAAUUUCUUGGUUUUAUGUCAUGCAUGCAAUCAUGUCUAGAAUAUUUGGAAGCAGUCCCCUGGGUUGGUGACGAAGAAGAGGAAAAGGUCGUCACGUCCAUCCUACGACUUCAAAGAGAGGGCAUUGGGGUGAGCCCGGUAUUGAAACGAGUGUCUGCAGAUGUAUCUAAGCCCCAUAAAGAUACUCUUUCUCAUAUCAUCGAACUUGUUCUUAAAAGCAACGAGGAGCGAGGUCGACGUGAAAUGAAACUGGUGGUACUGAGGCUUCUUAGGGAGAACCAAAGCGUCCCGAGCCACGCGAACUCAGCUGACAUUUGCAAUGAAACUAUUUACUCUUCUUGCAGAAGCUGUUUGGGAUCACUAUUGCUACUGUUCCAGAAGGCUACUGAAACAGAGUUUAUUGACAGAUCAGUAGACAGGAAAGAACCAGUGCUGAAGCAAAUUACUCUAGAGGCCGAUAACCUUUCGUGGUUGCUCGAGAUUUUAGCUGACAGGCAAGCGGCUGAUGAGUUUGCGGUAAUGUGGUCGAAGCAUCAGGAACUAGCAGCCCUCCACGCGAAGCUGCCGAUCGUAUCUCGCUACCAUGUUAGCUGCAUAACAGCAAGGCUAUUUGUUGGCAUUGGCAAAGGAGAGCUGUUACCAGCAAAGGAUACACGUAAAUUACUAUUACAUACAUGGUUAGAGCCAUUAAUCAAUGAUUAUAGCUGGUUAAAACAUGGUUGUGGGUCGUUUGAUCGAAAAGUCGUGGAAGAAGGAAUCGGUCGGACGAUCCUCACUCUCCCACUUGAGGAUCAGCAAAGCAUUUUGCUGACUUGGUUGGGCAGUUUUCUUAAGGUUGGAGAUAGUUGCCCAAAUCUCCAAAGAGCGUUCGAGGUUUGGUGGCGUCGGACCUUCGUACGACCUUACGUCGAGACACAAGGAAGCAACCCAAUCACCCCCCAGUUGGAGCCUUGAAGACAUGUCACUGUAAGUAAAGAUAUAUGUAAUGUUCAAGCAAUUCUCUGUGAUGAAAAGAUGAACAAAACUGGCCAAUGGUUGGGCUAUGUUAUCUGCUGAGUGUAUUGCUUAUGGUUUAUGUUGAAUUAACUUCGAUGUUCGUCGAGAACGUUCUCGACGAAGUGAAUUGCUCUCUUGUGAGUUAAAUUUGCAAUGUAAUAGCAUAAGUUGGAUGCAAGAUCGAGCUACAUUUGAGUGUAUUUUAUGUAUGAUUGUUUUUAAAACUGUUCUAUCGAGCCGUUCACUUA